UUUCGCUUGGUUCGGUAUUGAGAUGCUCAGUUUCGUCAAGCUUGAAUUUCGGCCGAGAUGCGUUUGACGUCGCGUCGGUCGAUUUUUCCCCCGUCAACUAAACGUAUGAUCUUCGACGACUGAGGAUGGGAUCACGAUAUACCUAUAAUAUAGUUCUUAGGAUGCUUGGUAGAAUGGGUAUAUAAGGAUGAGAUGCUGGAGAAGUUGGAGCGCCUUACCGAUACUCUCCUCAUCUGCCUCGCUCGCUGGUUUUCAUCCCACGCUUCAACCAGCAUCAUCAGUCAGUAUAAUAUAUCGAGAGCCUCUGGACGUUGAGACUCUCGAUUCCCAUUCUACUUCUCUCAUCAUAAAUAAACCCCUUCAAUCUUUCAACCGCCAAAUCUCCAAUAUCUAUCUCCCUGCUCCAGAUCAGAUUCUCCAACCACCAUGCCCAAUCCCGCCAACUCUCUCACAAUCCUCAUUACCGGCACCUCUGUCGGUGGCCUCGGCUCCUCCCUGGCCCUCGCCUUUCAUGCCCGCGGCCACCGCGUCUUCGCCGCCGCCCGCAACCCCUCCAAAGUCACCCACCUUACCGCCCUAGGCAUCACUCACAUCCCCCUCGACGUCCUCUCCUCCACCUCCAUCGCCGCCGCAGUAACCCAGGUCUCCGCCCUCACCGGCGGCACCCUCGAUAUGCUCAUCAACAACGCCGGCGGCGGGUACAGCAUCCCCCUCCUCGACGCAGACCUGCAGAAAGGCCGCGAGUUCUUCGAUCUGAACGUUUGGUCUGUCCUCGCCGUUACACAGACCUUCGCACCGCUAUUGCUAAAGAGCGCGAGCGAGAGGGGGGAAGCCGCGGUCGUGAACCAGACGUCAAUCGCAGCGGUGACGUCGGUGCCAAUACAGGGCUUGUAUAACGCGAGUAAAGCAGCGCUCGCGAUGAUUUCCGAUACGCUACGGCUCGAGCUCGAGCCAUUCGGGAUCCGCGUCGUGGAUUUGCGCACCGGGUCCGUGAAAACGCCGUUCUACGAUAACCAGAUCGGUGGUGGGGGCCCAAAGUUGCCGGAGGAGAGUAUCUACCAGAUUGCUAGAGAGAGGGUCGAGGAAGCGAUGUCGGGCACGGGGCCGAUGGAGGAAGCGGUGGAUGCGAAGACGUGGGCGGAGGGAGUGGUGGCGGAUUUGUUGGAUAAGGGGUGGUUUUUUGGCAGGCCGAAUCGGAUUUGGAGAGGUGGGAAUGCGCUCGUGGUGAGGGCGGUUACGCAGUGGGUCCCUGUGGCUUGGACAGAUGCCUGGCUGCGGAGGUUGUUGGCGAAGAUGAUGGGGAUGGAUGUUGUGAAAAGGAAUUGGGAGAGUGGAAGGAAGGGGGUGGGGAAAUGAGGGGCGAUGACGAUUAGGAGAGAGAGGAGAACAUAUUAUGUCCUUGGGUUGGCUAAGUGGAUAGCGUAUCAUAGGUAGCAGACUUCAUAAUUCCCGGGGUAUGGGUUUUUUUUGGCAUUCUUGAGCCUGGUGAAGAGGGGGGUGGCGGGAGCAACUCGUAUUCAAAACGCUCAGGUCAUUUCUUCUUGCUAGACCGGCCCACUAUAUUGCAAAUAAGCGUAUGCAGAU